AUGGAGAGAAGUAUUAUAUAUCCACAUGCUGCCACUUUAUUUGCUGCUGUUUGUGCAAGUAUUUUCACUGUAAUUGGAAUAUUUGGAAACCUAAUUACGAUUAUUGCAUUACUGAAAUGCCCUAAAAUACGGGGACAUGCAACUACUGCAUUUAUUUUGUCACUGAGCGUGUCUGAUCUAUUAUUUUGCUCAUUUAGUUUACCGUUAACUGCUGUGAGAUAUUAUGAAGAGGGAUGGACUUUUGGAGAAACGCUUUGUAAAAUAUUUCCAGUCAUAUUUUAUGGAAAUGUAGCUGUAUCUCUAUUGAGCAUGGUUGGAAUCACAUUAAAUAGGUACAUUCUGAUUGCCUGUCAUGGGUUAUACGUACAAAUAUAUAAACGUAGUUAUAUCCUACUUCAACUUAUUUUUAUCUGGUCAACAUCAUUUUUAUUGCUGCUACCACCUAUUUUGGGAGUUUGGGGAGAAAUGGGACUAGACGAUGCCACAUUUUCAUGUACAAUUUUGAAGAAGAAUGAAAAGUCCAUCAAAAAAACUCUGUUUUUGAUUGGAUUUCUCUUGCCCUGCAUAGUUAUAAUAGUUUCAUAUUCGUGUAUUUACUUAACUGUUAUACGACAAAAAAGAAGAAUGGAAACUCAUAGAAACUAUAAAAUUUCGUCGAAUGAGUCGGUAUUGACUGCUCGAAAACAGAACGAGGAUAACAGAUUGACUGUAAUGAUGGUUACCAUAUUCGGCUGCUUUCUUGGCUGUUUCUUGCCAUUAAUGUUGGCGAACGUAGUGGAUGAUGAAAGGAAAACGAGUUACCCCUGGUUUCACAUUAUGGCGUCAGUAAUGGCAUGGGCGUCGAGUGUCAUAAAUCCGAUUAUUUAUGCCGCAACCAACAGGAAUUAUAGGAUAGCGUAUUACAACACCUUAAAAAAUUUAAAGUUUUGGGGCAAACCAUUGCCAUCAAUUCAUAGCAGGAGCAUGCUUCCCAGCAAAAAUGACGAAUAUACGGGUCCUGCGAGGAGUAUACCGUUGUUUCAAGUUGCUGGUGGAAAGAGUAUUAACAAUUUGUGCCAAACAUACUCAGUAUAAGAAUUAUAACACAUUUUAUAGUAUUAAUUAUGUAAUUGUAGGGUAACAAGAUAACUUUAUUACUGCAUUUUGUCUCAAGCACACAUAUGUUCUUACCGAUAAAUAGCAUUGCAACAUAUACAUGUUUAUAAAAGAAAUUAUUAGGUUUAAUUAAAAAGCCUGUAUCUACCUUUUGAACUUUAUCUUCAAUGUACUUCUUUCUCUUAAGGCUAUCUAACAAUUUUUAACUUUACCAAAGUCUCAAAAUAAAAUAUGUAUCUAUUUUCUUAAAUAUA